AUGAAGUUUACCGCACUAGGUCCGCAAGUCACCGCGUGUGUUCUGGUGCUGAUGCUGUUCGCAUCGCCGCUGGUCGUCGCCCAGUUCCAGGAUCUGGACUGCAGCGAUCCAAACAGUUCCGGGAUCUUCCUACCGCAUCCGACCGACUGUCAGAAAUAUCUGAACUGCUGGCAGGGGCUUUUGAUUGAAGAUCUCGACAUACGUUGCCAGAACGUGCAGUGUUACAUCGAUUGCCCAUCGGACAGCUAUCUGCCGAACACAUUCGACACAAAUGACGGAAAGGAGGUUGAGACAGAGCCCAGCGAAACGUCCACCAUCCCGGCCGAUAAAAGCGAUCGAGCAAAGCGCGCGAUCGCCACGAACAACCGUGUCCACGGUCCGAUCCAGAUCGUCCCGAGCCCGUACCAGGACUACUUCCGAAACAACUUACCGGCAGCGCGGCGGCUGAAGCGUAACAUCGACCCAACCGAGCUGGUGCCGGCGGCAAUCGACUACACCGAGAACGAUCCACACCUUCAGGAGCUGUGCUGUCCGAAAUGCGUCUGUCAGCCCUGUACCGAAAUACCGACCUGUCCGCCAAACUACAAGGUCACCAUCGACGCACACGACCAGACGGGCCAGCCGGGCAAAUGCUGUCCAUCCUACCAGUGUGAACUGGUAAAAAUGUGCUACUCCGCAACGAACCGGACCUUGUACCGGGACAACGAAAGCUGGCAGGAAUCUCGCUGCACCACCUGCAGGUGUGAGGCGGGUGUGCCGAGAUGCGUAGAACCGGCCUGCAAACCGCUGAACUGCGAGCAUCAAAUCGACCUGCCGGACCGGUGCUGUCCGGUGUGCGAUCCGAAAAAGUCCAUCUUCUGCGAGGACCACAACUGUGAACUUAGCUGUCGCAAUGGGUACGAACGGCGCGGUGAUUGUGCGCUCUGCAGCUGCGUGCAGCCGCCGACGAACACAACCGAUCGAACGAUGCCGGACUACAAGACGACCGAAACAACGGCGUUGGUGGCGAACUUCACCUCCGCGGACGUUGCUACUACGAACGAUAUCGCCAGCGAGGCCGGUCAUGACGCGGAUGAGGGAUUUUUCAACAGCAUUCCUAUAUUCUUCUGGUUUGCUAUCGUCGUUCUUACUGCAGUGGCUACCCCACUUAUCUAUCGCACAAUGACCAGGGAGUGUGUCAAGACGGGGCUCAAGAUGCUUUUCACCUGCAACCAGAUAUCGCAACGUAAAAGUGCGUACAAUCGGGUGUCCAAUACGGUUCCUGUUGCACCGCCAGCAAACGGGACGGCAGCAAACAGUAUGGCCUAA